UCUUGCAAGGCGGUUUAAUCGGAGGUGCACGAGCCCUAAGCCAAAAUUCGCGAUCGUUUUAUUGGUGCAGAGCGACGGUGUUUUGGACAUGAUAGUGUCCCUCUCGAUAGUGAACGUGUGAAAUCAGUUUAUUAGUUUUGAGUGGCCUGAGUCGCGAUUCGUAGAUAGAAACCAUAUAACCCACAUAUCCGAGCAAUGUUACUACACGAGAGUGCCGCCAGCAUGGAACAGAGUAUGCCCGAGAACCUCAGCACUCACAUGUACGGCGAGUGUGAAGUGAAUCCAGCGCUGGCAAAGUGUCCCGAUCCAGUGGACGUCGAUCCAGUGGAGCUGCCCACCAAAGAAUCCUGUGCCCCUACCACCAUAGUCAGUACGUCGCCAAGCAGCGCCACGAGCACCACCAAAGUCAAGCUGAGCUUCAGUGUGGAUCGGCUGCUGGGCUCGGAGCCCGAGGAGUCCCACCGAAAGAGCUCUUCCUCGCCAUCGACCAAGUCCUGCUGCGAUGGCAGCAUCCUCGCCUGCUGCUCCUUCCCGCACUGCUUCAGCCAGGCCAAUGCCGAAUCCCGUAGAUUUGGACAUGCCACGCUUCCGCCCACUUUCACACCCACUUCAUCGCACACGUACCCCUUCGUGGGUCUGGAUAAGCUGUUCCCUGGCCCCUACAUGGAUUACAAAUCAGUGCUCAGACCGACGCCAAUUCGGGCAGCAGAACACGCCGCACCCACUUAUCCCACGCUGGCCACCAAUGCGCUCCUCCGCUUCCAUCAACAUCAGAAGCAGCAGCACCAGCAGCAGCAACAUCAUCAUCAGCACCAUCCCAAACACCUCCAUCAGCAGCACAAGCCCCCGCCACACAACUCGACGACAGCAUCGGCGCUACUGGCGCCGCUCCACAGCCUCACGAGCCUCCAGCUGACGCAACAGCAGCAGCGAUUUCUGGGCAAGACGCCGCAACAGCUCCUGGACAUAGCGCCCACCUCGCCCGCCGCCGCCGCCGCUGCCACAUCCCAGAACGGUGCACAUGGACAUGGCAAUAGCCAGGGUAACGCCUCAGCCGGAAGCAAUGGGAAGCGCAAGCGAUCCUGGUCUCGCGCCGUCUUCUCGAACCUGCAGCGCAAGGGCCUGGAGAUUCAGUUCCAGCAGCAGAAGUACAUCACCAAGCCAGAUCGUCGCAAGCUGGCGGCACGACUGAAUCUCACCGACGCUCAGGUCAAGGUGUGGUUCCAAAACCGUCGCAUGAAGUGGCGGCACACACGCGAGAAUCUGAAAAGCGGUCAGGAGAAGCAGCCGAGUGCAGUACCCGAAUCCGGAGGUGUCUUCAAGGCAUCCACGCCAUCCGGAGAUGGUACGCACCAGGAGGCACUCGACUACAGUUCCGAUAGCUGUUCCAGCGUGGAUUUGAGCGAGCAGGCCGACGAAGAUGAUAAUAUUGAAAUCAAUGUGGUGGAGUAGAGCCGCCUAUGUAGAUAGCUCCGUUUACACGUGUAAAAUGCCAUGUAGAUGUAUUUAUUCCUUCAUUGCUAGUUGUAAUGUAAUGUAAAGUAAACAGUUACUGCACAAAGUGAACUUAAAUUAUUUCAAUCUGUAAGAUAAUCUAAACGUUUAUGUGUAAAC